CGAGUCGGAGUGGUACACGGCUCACGGUGCAGACGCGGAACUGGCGUGCGCUCGGAGCGGCGCCCGCGCCGAGGAGCGACUGACGCUCGGCUGCCGGGGGACGUCUGGCCGAACCCGGCCCGGUCCCCCGAGGCUCGGGAGACUUGGAUUUUCAGAUAAUAUCAGGAUUCCUCCUGGGAACAUUGAUUCCAUGCUUGGUGCCUUGAAGUUUCUCUGAGAUGAACUGAUGAAUCGGAACCAUGGUGCAAAAGAAGAAGUCCUGUCCUCGGUUACUUGACUACCUAGUGAUCGUAGGGGCCAGGCACCCGAGCAGUGAUAGCGUGGCCCAGACUCCAGAACUGCUACGGCGAUACCCGUUAGAGGAUCACGCCGAGUUUCCCCUGCCCCCGGAUGUCGUGUUCUUCUGCCAGCCAGAGGGCUGCCUGAGUGUGCGACAACGGCGCAUGAGCCUGCGCGAGGACACCUCUUUUGUCUUCACUCUCACCGACAAGGACACCGGAGUCACGCGUUAUGGCAUCUGUGUUAACUUCUACCGCUCCUUCCAAAAGCGCGUGCCUAAGGAAAAGGGGGAGGCCGGGGCAGGGUCCCGUGGGAAGGAAGGACCCCACGCCACCUACAUCUCAGAAGAGGUUGGCACCGAGAGCUCGGAGAGUGGCCCGUCCCUGCAGCCUCCCAGUGCCGACUCUACCCCGGAUGUGAACCAGUCUCCUCGGGGCAAACACCGGGCCAAGGCGGAGAGCCGUUCCCGCAACAGCACUCUGACGUCCCUGUGUGUGCUCAGCCAUUACCCCUUCUUCUCCACCUUCCGGGAGUGUCUGUACACCCUCAAACGUCUGGUGGACUGCUGUAGUGAGCGACUGCUGGGCAAGAAACUGGGCAUCCCUCGAGGCAUACAAAGGGACACCAUGUGGCGCAUCUUUACUGGAUCGUUGUUAGUGGAGGAGAAGUCAAGUGCCCUUCUGCACGACCUUCGAGAGAUUGAGGCCUGGAUCUACCGAUUGCUGCGCUCCCCAGUACCCGUCUCAGGGCAGAAGCGAGUGGACAUUGAGGUCCUGCCCCAGGAGCUCCAGCAAGCUCUGACCUUUGCGCUUCCAGACCCCUCUCGAUUCACCCUAGUGGAUUUCCCACUGCACCUUCCCUUGGAACUUCUGGGUGUGGAUGCCUGUCUUCAGGUGCUAACCUGCAUCCUGUUAGAGCACAAGGUGGUGCUGCAGUCCCGAGACUACAACGCACUCUCCAUGUCUGUGAUGGCAUUUGUGGCAAUGAUUUAUCCCUUGGAGUAUAUGUUUCCUGUUAUUCCACUGCUGCCCACCUGCAUGGCGUCCGCAGAACAGCUGCUGUUGGCUCCGACGCCGUACAUCAUCGGGGUCCCUGCCAGCUUCUUCCUCUACAAACUGGACUUCAAAAUGCCUGAUGACGUAUGGCUAGUGGAUCUGGACAGCAGUAGGGUGAUUGCCCCCACCAAUGCAGAAGUGCUACCUAUCCUUCCAGAACCAGAAUCACUAGAGUUGAAAAAACAUUUAAAACAGGCCCUCGCCAGCAUGAGUCUCAACACCCAGCCCAUCCUCAAUCUGGAGAAAUUCCACGAAGGCCAGGAGAUCCCUCUUCUCCUGGGAAGGCCUUCUAAUGACCUGCAGUCUACACCUUCCACUGAAUUCAACCCACUCAUCUAUGGCAACGACGUGGAUUCUGUGGAUGUCGCAACCAGAGUGGCCAUGGUCCGUUUCUUCAACUCCCCCAACGUGCUGCAGGGCUUUCAGAUGCACACGCGUACCCUGCGUCUCUUCCCCCGGCCCGUGGUAGCUUUCCAAGCUGGCUCCUUUCUAGCCUCACGUCCCCGGCAGACUCCUUUUGCUGAGAAACUGGCCAGGACUCAGGCUGUGGAGUACUUUGGAGAAUGGAUCCUCAACCCCACCAACUAUGCCUUUCAGCGGAUUCACAACAACACAUUCGAUCCAGCCCUGAUAGGCGACAAGCCAAAGUGGUACACCCACCAGCUGCAGCCUGUCCACUAUCGAGUGUAUGACAGCAGUUCCCACCUGGCCGAGGCGCUGAGCGUGCCGCCGGAGCACGACUCUGACUCUGACCCUACUGAUGACAGCGGCAGUGAUAGUAUGGAUUAUGAUGACUCAAGCUCUUCUUACUCUUCCCUUGGUGACUUUGUCAGUGAGAUGAUGAAAUGUGACAUCAAUGGUGAUACUCCUAACGUGGAUCCUCUGACACACGCAGCACUGGGGGAUGCCAGUGAGGUAGCUAUUGAUGAGCUGCAGAGCCAGAAGGAAGCAGAGGAACCUGGCCCAGACAGCGAGAACUCUCAGGAAAACCCCCCUCUGCGUUCCAGCUCCAGCACCACCGCCAGCAGUAGCCCCAGCACCGUUAUCCAUGGAGCCAGUUCUGAACCUGCCGACUCAACGGAGAUGGAUGAUGAGGCAGCGGUAGGCGUCUCCAAGUCCCUCCCCACCGUGCCUCCCAGCAUGGGCAAAGCGAACGUGGACAGGCGUCAGACAGAAACUGGAGAGGGGUCAGUGCGCCGGCGAACCUAUGAUAAUCCAUACUUCGAGCCCCAGUAUGGCUUUCCCCCUGAGGAAGAUGAUGCUGAGCAGGGGGAAGGUUACACUCCCCGAUUCAGCCAACAUGUCAGUGGCAGUCGGGCUCAAAAGCUGCUGCGGCCCAACAGCUUGAAACUGGCAAGUGACUCAGAUGCAGAGUCAGACUCUCGAGCGAGCUCGCCCACCUCCACCGUCUCCAACAACAGCACUGAGGGCUUCGGGGGCAUCAUGUCUUUUGCCAGCAGUCUGUAUCGGAACCACAGUACGAGCUUCAGUCUUUCAAAUCUCACACUGCCUACCAAAGGAGCGCGAGAGAAAACCACGCCCUUCCCCAGUCUGAAAGUAUUUGGGCUAAAUACUCUAAUGGAGAUUGUUACUGAAGCCGGCCCCGGGAGUGGUGAAGGAAACAGGAGGGCCUUAGUGGACCAGAAGUCAUCGGUCAUUAAACACAGCCCAACAGUGAAAAGAGAGCCUCCGUCACCUCAGGGUCGAUCCAGCAAUUCUAGUGAGAACCAGCAGUUCCUGAAGGAGGUGGUGCACAGCGUGCUGGACGGCCAGGGAGUUGGCUGGCUCAACACGAAGAAGGUGCGACGGCUGCUGGAGAGCGAGCAGCUUAGAGUCUUUGUCCUGAGCAAGCUGAGCCGCACGGUGCAGUCAGAGGACGAGGCCCAGCAGGACAUCAUCCCAGAUGUGGAGAUCGGUCGGAAGGUGUACAAGGGCAUGUUAGACCUGCUCAAGUGCACGGUCCUCAGUCUGGAGCAGUCCUACGCCCACGCAGGUCUGGGUGGCAUGGCCAGCAUCUUUGCGCUUCUGGAGAUCGCCCAGACCCACUACUAUAGUAAAGAACCAGACAAGCGGAAGAGAAGUCCAACAGAGAGUGUAAAUACACCAAUUGGCAAGGAUCCUGGCCUGGCUUGGCGGGGGGACCCAAAGGCCAUGGCACAGCUGAGAGUCCCCCAGCUGGGACCUCGGGCACCAAGUGCCUCAGGAAAGAGUCCCAAGGAACUGGACACCAGAAGUCUAAAGGAGGAGAACUUUGUAGCAUCUAUCGAAUUGUGGAACAAGCACCAGGAAGUGAAAAAGCAAAAAGCUUUGGAAACACAGAGGCCUGAAGUAAUCAAACCCACCUUUGACCUUGGUGAGACAGAGGAGAAAAAGUCCCAAGUCAGCGCAGACAGUGGUGUGAGCCUGACGUCUGGUCCCCAGAGGACUGAUCCAGAUUCUGUCCUUGGUGUGAGUCCAGCCGUUAUGAUCCGAAGCUCGAGUCAGGACUCCGAAGUUAGCACCGUGGUAGGGGAACACCACGCUGGCAUCUUGGUGAGUAAUAGCUCUGGAGAGACCCUUGGAGCGGACAGUGACCUGAGCAGCAAUGCAGGUGAUGGACCAGGCGGUGAGGGCGGCACCCACUUGGCAGGCUCUAGAGGCACGUUGUCUGAUAGUGAAAUUGAAACCAACUCUGCCACCAGUGCCAUCUUUGGUAAAGCCCACAGCUUGAAGCCAAGUGUAAAGGAGAAGCUGUUGGGCAGCCCAGUUCGCUUUUCUGAAGAUGUAAGCCAGCGAGUCUAUCUCUACGAGGGACUCCUAGGAAGGGACAAAGGAUCGAUGUGGGACCAGUUAGAGGAUGCCGCUAUGGAGACCUUUUCUAUAAGCAAAGAGCGUUCUACUUUAUGGGACCAAAUGCAGUUCUGGGAAGAUGCAUUCUUAGAUGCUGUGAUGUUGGAGAGAGAAGGGAUGGGUAUGGACCAGGGUCCCCAGGAAAUGAUAGACAGGUACCUGUCCCUAGGAGAACAUGACCGGAAGCGCCUAGAGGAUGAUGAAGAUCGUUUGCUGGCCACGCUCUUGCACAACCUCAUCUCCUACAUGCUGCUGAUGAAGGUAAAUAAGAAUGAUAUCCGGAAGAAGGUGAGGCGCCUGAUGGGAAAGUCGCAUAUUGGGCUUGUGUACAGCCAGCAAAUCAACGAAGUGCUUGACCAGCUGGCAAACCUGAAUGGACGAGAUCUCUCUAUCCGGUCCAGUGGCAGCCGGCACAUGAAGAAGCAGACAUUUGUGGUACAUGCGGGGACAGACACAAAUGGAGAUAUCUUUUUCAUGGAGGUGUGUGACGACUGCGUGGUGCUGCGUAGUAACAUCGGGACAGUGUACGAGCGCUGGUGGUAUGAGAAGCUCAUCAACAUGACCUACUGUCCCAAGACCAAGGUGCUAUGCUUGUGGCGUAGAAACGGCUCUGAGACCCAGCUCAACAAAUUCUAUACUAAGAAGUGUCGGGAGCUGUACUACUGCGUGAAGGACAGCAUGGAGCGUGCUGCCGCCCGACAGCAGAGCAUCAAACCUGGGCCGGAGCUGGGUGGCGAGUUCCCUGUGCAGGACAUGAAGACUGGCGAGGGUGGCUUGCUGCAGGUCACCCUAGAAGGGAUCAAUCUCAAGUUCAUGCACAACCAGGUUUUCAUAGAGCUGAAUCACAUUAAAAAGUGCAAUACAGUUCGAGGCGUCUUUGUCCUGGAGGAAUUUGGUAAUUACACUAUUUUGCUCUUAGGUCUGGACUCACAUGGCAGUAACUCAAACCUCGGAGCUCCAGAGGAGGGACUAGAGACAGAGAAGAAGAGCCUCUGCAGAGAGGUCAGGAGAAGCAGGAGUGAUAGGGAGGAAGAGGGAGUCCUGACCUGAGAGAAGGGAGGAGAAGGGAAAGCUAGUCGGUCGGUGGCUGCCUGAGAGUGGCCCGAAGAGCAGUGGCUUAGACGCCGGGCUUAGAGAUGAGCGCUGGUAGUGAAGAGGCUCCUCGAAGCCGCGCCACCUUCCCUUGUUUGGCCAGCUGGUGGGGCAGAGCAGACGAGCCAUUCCCUAGCUCUGCUGUGUUCAUGUCGCCUGCCUCGGUCCCUCUAGCAGCCCAGUGCUCUGUCCAGCCACCCUGGGGCCACGCCAGGGUCCAUCGAGCCUCUGGGCUGCAGGAGGGCGUGCGGCGGUGCAGGCAGGCUCACUCUAGGGGGCAGGCGAGCCUAGUGGCCUCAGAGGCAGAGGGCAGUGGUAGCUGGAAGCCGGGAGCUAGGCUCCCCCCCCAGCCAAGCGCUGACUGAGUGGUGUCUGGGUUCUCACCCCGGGGCUUUGAGUUCCUGCUGUGUUUGUGCUUCAUUCUUUCGUGCCCCUCAUCGCUGCUAUGAAAACCUUCGUUCUCCAGCAGGUAAAGUGACCUCGCCGUGCUGCCUCUCCCCAGGCCCCUGCCUUGGGCCCUGCGGUGGGUGGGCAGGCUCCCUUCGCCCAAGCCAGCUGCUCGCAUCACCAACUUGUCUCCUCCCUUCUCUCCCCACCCUCUUCCUUCCCAACCUCGUCCACCCUCGCGCUGGCUCAUUGGUUCCGAGUUUUCUCCCGUGUGCUCCUUUCUCUCUUCUGCCAGAGAGACGUUUGGGGGAGUCUUCCAACUCAGGAGAAGGACCUGGGCUCAUUGCUCUACCUUUGAUGAGUUUAUUCCCUGUUAACCCUGGGGCCCCCUGAAUUCUACCUCCCAGGGUCAGAAGAAGGUGUGGCCAACUCUCACCCUACCUUUUCUGGCCCCCAGGGGAUGCCAUGCCCCUGCUCCCCGUCUCCAGGGGCCAUGAUGAUGGCUGAGGCUGGGGGACCUUACUCCUUCCUCUGGCCAAGCAGAACCCCUGCAUGGCUGGGGCCGGGGUGACUCUUAGGCUCGCAUUCCGGGCUGUGGACACGUGUGUAUUUUGCCUGACGCUCCCUGUCACCUCCCUCCCCGGGUGCUGUACUCACCUGUCUCUUCUGCUCGGUGUGUCUGCUCCAGAGCCCUCUGACGCUCUCCCUCACACAGGCAGGCCUGGGCCUCUCCUGCCAUCAGGGAAGGAAACUUCCGAGUCUGGUGGGUUUAGUAUCAUGCCAUUUCUUCAUCCAGCCUCAGGACCCUCAGUGCAGGGGCUGGGAGUACAGGGAACGUGUUUAACUUGACCAGAGCAUGGGGCUGGCGACAGGGGUGAGUUCUCGGGUGUCUCAGCAAGGUGAGGCACAGGCUAGAGGCAGUGCUUUCCUCCCAGCCAAAACCUGGGAAUGUCAGCUGUGGUCCUCGGGCCCUGGAUGGUAGCAGCGACCAGGCUGGUGAGAGACUAGCCUGCUCCUGUGCUGGGGCUCUCAAAGUCGGUAGAGUCGUGGCCAUGGAGCCAGGAGCCACUGCAGACCUCAGAUGUCAGGCUGAGGAGUCGGGACCAGUGUCCUCUCACCCGGCCGGGGCUGAGUGAGGCCCACAGGGGAAGGGGACCCUGGUGCCGGGCGCUGCCGCCUGGGGGAGCGUGGCGCUAUUGCUCUUAGUUUUGAACCUUCUGUUUUGUCUCUUGCCCGUCCGGUUUUAGUUCCUGAAAUUAAAGAAGUGGUGAGCCACAAGUACAAGACA